AUGGUUGUGGCGAAGCUCGGCGGAUCGCAGUACCUCCAAGAUCUCUCGAGAGUCUCGGGCGCCGACCUCGUCGGGCAAGAUGCAACCCCAGCAACGCUUCAGAUCUUCGACGUCUACUAUGUGACACUUCUCGGAUCUUGCGGGCACAUCAAUGAUGUGACGGUCUGUACCACGCGUCUGGUCGGGUACUGGUUUGACCCACGCAGCGACCUCAAGCUUGAUGCGACCUCGAUCGCUGGGACUUUAUCCGGUAACCUCAACGACGCCCUGAACAGCUAUGCCAAGACAUCCUCCUUCUUUGGCGUCACGUACAUCUUCGCGUUCGUUCUGACCAUCUUGGCUCCAAUUGUCUCGGUCAUCAGCGGUCGUUGCGGCAGGGCUGGCUUCGCGGGUGUCGUCCUGUCUGCGAUGGCCACAAUCUGUCUUCUCGCGGCAUCAAUCGCGGCGACAGUCAUCUUCAAGAAGGUAGACGACGCCAUCAAUGAAGACUUCAACGAUAUCGGCAUCUCCUCUGCGCUCGGGUUGCUGUUUGUGCCGACCUGGAUCGCCCUCGCAUUCUCCCUCCUGGCAUCGGUCUUGAUGGGCAUCAAGACACAUAACCCCCGAGCACCGAAGGGUCCCACCAGCGGAAUGAUUACCGGGGGACGGGAUAUCAAAAGCGGCAACGUCCAAGGUGGUGUCCCAAGGCCACUGACCCUGCUGAAGAGGGUUCAGACUUGGGGCCAGCACAAGUAUGUCCACAUCGGAGGCGGCGGAGGCCAGUUCGCGAACACCAGAGCUGGAGAUGGAGAGUUUGAUGACGACACGGCCCUUAUCGGACGUCGAUACAGUCCUGAGUUGGAUCCCAAGCAAGAGCAAGAGUCUACGAGCAUCGCGAUGGUGCCCUUGGACCACAAGGGAAGCAAGGAUAUGAACCAAGCGUACGAGUCGUAUACGGGCCGCGCUUUGUGA